AUGGAUGAUGCUAUGCGUCGCAGCAUCUUUGGUUCAUCUGAUGAAUCAGAUGAACCAUCGCCGAAGCGAAGGCGCUCGAGGUCGCGAGACUCGGGCGCUAAUAGUGGUGUCGGUUCUCCAAUGGACACCACUUCACAGCGAGGUGCCAGUACUUCUGUCGGCACGUCGCAGGAAGAGCGGGACCGCAAUGUGUUGCGUCUCGCUCCAGAAAAGAAGGCAUGGAUGCCUCCCAAAUCCGUCAUGGAUCACUUGUCGGCGACGACGAGUGAUCGUUAUCGAACACAAUUGUUCGAUUCGUCAAGGAUCCAUCACCUUGACCCCAGCGCGAAAGACUAUCGCGCUGAACACGAAUUCUUCAUCGAUGCUUUCUUCAGACAUCGAUGGUACAGUGGGAAUCACAAGCGUGAUGGUCCCUCACUACUUCAGGCGUGGAACGCCUACAUCCAUAACCUCGAGGAUGUAGGUCGUGACGCUUGGAACGACAAACUUAUCAAAGCUCGUGAUAAGUUCGAAAAGCGAACCCCGACAGGUGCACGCUACAAGCUGCACCGUCUGUCAAGGGAGAAAGGGUUACCCUGCCUCUCCUGGGGAGACUCGUGA